GAGCCUUUGGUCUGUAUUUCCCCAGGCCGUUCGGUUGUUUGUACAUGUUAGCAUCUCUGCACACGGUCUUCAGAGUAUUUCUAUUGUGCGUAAGCUACAAACACGUCUUGUUUUAUAAGAGUGUCAAACUGUACUAUUUCAUAUUUCAGCUCUGCUAUCACAAAAUGUAGCACUGUCCUAUUUAUUCAGAUUAAAUCUGAUUUUUAAGUAGUCCUUUGUUGAGGAUGAGAGAACAAGCAAUUUGAAAUAUUUCCACGUAUGGUAAAAACUCGUGUAAGCUCCAUCAGGUUUUGACACAUUUAUUUACAGAGGCGCCCAAAUAGAAAAAGUAGGUUAAUUUGUUGCUACGAUAGGACAGAUUUUGGUGAAGUGUGAGAGUCACUUUAUGUGUGUGCCUGUAUCUGGGUCAAGUACACACUUCUCUCUAAUGUUAGGGUUCAAGCCUGUGUUACUAGAGACAGAAUUGUAUUAUUGAAUGGGAGGCACUUCAUUGGCAAUUAGAAAGGCUUAACAUAGUUUUAUUAAAAAAAAAAAACAAAACGAUGCGGCGCCUGGGUGGCUCAAUCCGCUGAGCAUCCGACUUCGGCUGAGGUCAUGAUCUCGCAGUUUGUGAGUUCGAGCCCCGCGUCCUGCUCUGUGCUGACAGCUCAGAGCCUGGAGCCUGCUUCGGAUUCUGUGUCUCCCUCUCUCUGCCCCUCCCCUGCUUAUACUCUGUUUUUUUCUCUCUCUCUGUCUCUCAAGAAUAAAUAAACAUUAAAAAUAAUUAAAAGUAAAUAAGUAUCUUUUUAAAAAAAGUCUUUGGGGAGCCUGGGUGGUUCAGUCAGUAGAGCAUACAACUCUUGAUCUCAGGGUCCUGAGAUCCCAUGUUGGUUAUGGAGAUUACUUUCCAAAAAAAAAAAAAGCCUUUUGUUUUCAGCCGGAUUAGCAAAUCCCCUUGCAAGUUCAAUGCCUCCUGAGUUCUCCCCGCCCCCCCCCGCCCGCCCCCCAUGAUUGCAUGUGUGUAUUCUUUUCCUGUUCUAUCUCUGCUCUUAAGUACUGGAUUUUAUUCUUGGCCAGGGAAAGAAGUAAAGCAUUUUAUUGAAACAAUCCUGUCCUGGACUCUGUCCCACCCACAGCAAGAAAUGAAGGUUAACGUGUUGCUAGUUUUAACAGUUUAAAGGGCUGUGAAUUGGUUAGCUUUAUUCAUUUACUUUUUCACUGAAAUGGCACUCAUCUUAAAAACAAGCAGCUGUCUGCUUCCUGGAGAGACCGUUUACAAUUUAACGUGAAAUAAUUUUUUUCUUUAAUGUCAUCUCUGCUACAACUCUGAGGGAGUACAUGGCACAUCCAGAGAGUGCAGGAAAAUGAGGUAAUUCUAUAAAAAAUGCUUCCGAAAUGGGGAUCCCAUUAAAUAGUAUUUCAUCUUGCACUGACAGAAUUUUUAAGUCAAGAUGUUUAAUGCAAGCAGUUUGCAGUAAGACUUCCCCUUUAAAGAGAUCAGUAAUGACAAAAUGUGUCGCGGUCGAUCAUAGUGGCCACACUACUGGUAAAGUUUUAGAUGCUUGAAACAAAAUUUUCCUUCUUGUUUUGUAAAGAGCUUGAAUUGUCAACCAUGAUUUUCCUUUUCUUUUUUUAAGUCUAUGUAUUCAUUUUGAGAGGGAGAAAGAGAGUGGGGGAGAGGGGCAGAAAGAGAGGGAGAGAGAACCCCAAGCAGGCUCUGCGAGGUCAGAAGUGCCCGCUUGACGCGGGGCUUGAUCCCACGCACUGGGAGAUCACUGACCUGAGCCCGACGCGGGGCUCGAUCCCACGCACUGGGAGAUCAUUGACCUGAGCCCGACGCGGGGCCCGAUCCCACGCACUGGGAGAUCAUUGACCUGAGCCCGUCGCGGGGCCCGAUCCCACGCACUGGGAGAUCAUUGACCUGAGCCCGACGCGGGGCCCGAUCCCACGCACUGGGAGAUCAUUGACCUGAGCCCGACGCGGGGCCCGAUCCCACGCACUGGGAGAUCAUUGACCUGAGCCCGACGCGGGGCCCGAUCCCACGCACUGGGAGAUCAUUGACCUGAGCCCGACGCGGGGCUCGAUCCCACGCACUGGGAGAUCAUCGACCAGAGCUGAAAUCAAGCGUUGGAUGCUUACCGGACGGAGCCCCCAGGCGUCCCAUCUAUGAUUUUUCUGACAGGUCGCCCCGGGGACAGACCGCGGAGCCGGAGAGACUCGUCGCGCCCCGCGGACCAGAAGGAAGCCUGUGGAUGGCUCUUCCACCGCCGCUGUCAGAGCACAGGUGGUGAGUGGCGGGGAAUCGCUCGCGCGUGCUUCGGAUGCAGCUGAGGAAGAUGCAGACCGUGAAGAAGGAGCAGGCGUCCCUGGACGCCGGGAGCGGCGCGGACAAGAUGACGGUGCUCGGCCCCGCCCUGGCCGACGUCUCCGAGGAGCUGACGGCCGGCGAGGAGCUGCUGCUGGGCGAGGGCAGCGUGGGGAAGAGCAAGGCCUCGGCGUGCCGGCGGAAGCGGGAGUUCAUCCCCGACGACAAGAAGGACGCCAUGUACUGGGAAAAGCGGCGGAAAAACAACGAAGCGGCCAAGCGCUCCCGGGAGAAGCGGCGGCUCAACGACCUGGUCCUGGAGAACAAGCUGAUCGCGCUGGGCGAGGAGAACGCCACCCUGAAGGCCGAGCUGCUCUCCCUCAAGCUGAAGUUCGGCUUGAUCAGCUCUGCGGCGUAUGCCCAGGAGAUCCAGAAACUCAGUCAUUCCACGGCUGUGUACUUUCAAGACUACCAGGCGGCCAAGUCCAGCGCGGGCCCCUUCGCGGACGAGCACGAGCCCGCGAUGGUGACGAGCGGCUGCAUCUCGGUCAUCAAGCACUCCCCGCAGGCCUCCCUGUCCGACGUCUCCGAGGUGUCCUCGCUGGAACACUCGCAGGACGGGGCCGCGCGGGGUGGCUGCGGGAGCCCCGACGGCAAGUUCCAGGCCAUCAAGCAAGAGCCGGUGGAGCUGGAGAGCUACGCCAGGGAGCCUGGCGACGAGCGGGGCGCCUACCGGGCCUCCGUGUACCGGAACCUCAUGGGGACCGCCUUCCCCGGCUACUCCCACUCCCCGCCUCUGCUGCAGGCCGCCCGGUCCUCCAGCAACUCCCCCAGGACGUCGGAGACCGAGGACGGCACGGUGGGGAAGUCCUCGGAUGGAGAAGACGAGCAGCAGGUCCCCAAGGGCCCCAUCCACUCUCCCGUGGAGCUUCAGCGCGUGCACGCCACCGUGGUGAAAGUUCCGGAAGUGAACUCCUCGGCCUUGCCGCACAAGCUUCGCAUCAAAGCCAAAGCCAUGCAGAUCAAAGUCGAAGCCUUCGAUCACGAGUUUGAGGCCACGCAAAAGCCGUCCUCGCCCGUGGACGGGACGCCGAAGAGGCAUUUCGAACUGGAGAAGCAUAGCGCCCCGAGUAUGGUACAUUCUUCCCUCCCCCCUUUCUCGGUGCAGGUGACGAACAUCCAGGAUUGGUCUCUCAAAUCGGAACACUGGCAUCAAAAAGAACUGAACGGCAAAACUCAGAACAGCUUCAAAACGGGAGUUGUAGAAAUGAAGGACGGUGGCUACCAAGUCUCUGACCCGGAGAAUUUGUUUCUGAAGCAGGGGAUGAUAGCAAACUUGUCUGCAGAGGUGGUGUCACUGAAGAGACUCAUAGCCACACACCAGAUCUCCGCCUCGGACUCGGGGUAAACUACUACUGAAACGCUCUGGGUGUUUAGAAAGCCGUCAUUUGCAAUAGAGGAGGACGUUUUGUAUUAGGCGGGAGUUUCACUGGACCCGUGAUGUCAUUCCACUGUAUGUGUUCACAUGCUGUCUGCUGGGUGUCUUUCUGUGCACAGGUUAUUACGGAGAUUAGAUUGUGUUAUCACUCUGCCUUGUGUAUAGUCAAAUAGUCUGUCGCAAAGGCUGUACAUAUUGAACAUUAUUUUUGUUGUUCUGUUAUAAAGUGUGUCAGUUACCAGUUUCAAUAAAGGAUUGGUGACAAAGACAAA